CCGCGAGGCCGCCCGAUGGUGCUGCGGGGCGGCUGCGGCGGCGGCGGAGGUGCCAGGCGCCUUCUGCUGCUGGCGCUGUGGCCGCCGCCGACGUCGCCCAGCGUGCAGCGCCUCUGGCUGCUGCUGGGGCUGCUGCUGCUGGCGGCGCUCGGGCAUGCGUGGACCUACCGCGAGGAGCCCGAGGAGAGCGACAGGGAGGUCUGUUCCGAGAGCAAAGUGGCCACCACCAAGUACCCGUGCCUGAAGCCCAGCGGGGAGCUCGCCACCUGCUUCAGGAAAAAGUGCUGUAAGGGUUAUAAGUUUGUUCUUGGACAAUGCAUUCCUGAAGAUUAUGAUGUCUGCGCAGAAGCUCCUUGUGAACAACAGUGCACAGACAACUUUGGACGAGUCUUAUGCACGUGCUACCCUGGUUAUCGGUAUGACCGCGAAAGGCACAAGAACAGAGAGAAACCCUAUUGCUUAGAUAUCGAUGAGUGUGCCACAAGCAGCGAGCCUCUCUGCCCCCACAUCUGUGUCAAUACCCUUGGCAGCUAUCGGUGUGAAUGUAAUGAGGGGUACAUACGUGAAGAUGAUGGGAAAACAUGCACCAAAGGAGAGAAAGGGUUUUCUGAGAAGGCUGAUAACGUGGUGAAACCAGGGGCCUGCUGUGCCUCUUGCAAAGAGUUCUAUCAAAUCAAGCAGACAGUGUUGCAACUGAAACAAAAGGUUGCUUUGUUGCCAAAUAAUGCUGCUGACCUCAGCAAACCAAUCACAGGGGAAAAAGUACUUGCAUCCAAUACAUUAAUACCCGGUCCUCCUGGACAGCCAGGUGAUCAGGGUCCUCCAGGUGCCACAGGUCCGCAAGGGAGCCCUGGAUUUCCUGGAUCUCCUGGCCCUCCAGGUCUGCCAGGUCCUAGAGGAGCAAUGGGGCCUAUGGGACCCUCUCCAGACCUGUCCCAUAUUAAACAGGGCAGAAGGGGCCCCGUGGGUCCUCCGGGAGCACCAGGAAGAGAUGGAGCAAAGGGUGACAGAGGGGCACCAGGAGAAAAAGGAGCACCGGGGCCACCGGGUUCUUUUGACUUCCUGUUGCUCAUGAUGGCCGACAUCAGAAAUGACAUUGCUGAGCUGCAAGAGCGGGUGUUUGGGCACAGGACUCAUUCAUCGACUGAAGAGUUUCCAUUACCUCAGGAAUUUACAAACUAUCAGGACAUAGUGGAUCUGGGAUCCGGAGAAGAUUACAAACAAAGGACUGCGUCAAAAGACUCCCGAACAUAUGGAGAAAGCAAUCAUUAAAUCGAGCUUGUGACCUGGAAAGAGUAAAACUUUGCAGGGCAGUGGUCCACAAGUCAUUUAAGCCAGCGUACUUGCACAUAUCCCAGUUUAGCCCCAUGCAAAUGGGCCAAUGUACACGAUUCACUGAAGUUACCACCUUCCCUUACUUUAGCACUGCAGGCAGGACCAAAUUACCAUAAGAGCCAACUAGGUGAUCAGUGAGAAUUAUCCAUUGUUGGAAUGUGCAGGUGGAGAACUGCAUACCUGCAUACGAAAAACCAAUACCUGAUUGUAGGUAGAAGACAUAUGAGUUGGAAAGGAACAAUCCUUUCUACACUUUCCCUUGACAUGCUAUCUUUUGUCUGCAUGGAGUUGUUUGUUUCUAAGAUA